UUUCCGUUUCCAAUUUCUCCCUUUAUUAAGCCCAUCGUCUCCCUUUCCUAGCCUCGUAAGCCUUCUCCCUCUUCCCCUCUCUCUCUCUCUCUCUCUCUCUCUCUCUCUCUGUGUCUCUCUUCUCAGUUCUCCCUCUUGCAAAUGUCUCAAGUCCUCUCAAAAUCUCCCAAACACUGUGCCAAGCAAGGACUAAGCAUUGACAAGUCCUACAAGAAACUAUUUUUGGCCUUCUCUGCAUUUUUCAGCACAAUUUUAGCCUUCAUAUUCCUCAUCUGGCUUAUCCUUCACCCUUCAAAACCUCAGUUCUCCCUCAGAGAAGCAGAUAUCUACCAACUCAAUCUUUCAGGCCCUCACCUUCUCAACUCUUCCAUCCAACUCACCCUGCUCUCCAAAAAUCCAAAUAAAAAGGUUGGCAUUUACUACGACAAGUUGCAAGCUUAUGCUGCAUAUAAAGGGCAACAGAUUACUGUUGAUACCUCUCUUCCUCCUUUCUACCAAGGAUAUGAAGAGAGCAACCUGUUAACAGCAUCUUUAGAGGGAAAAGGGCUGCCAGUGGCUUCAUCCUUUGGUUACGAAGUUGGACGUGAUCAGACUGCUGGAAGAAUAGUCCUGAACCUGAAGAAGAUGCAUAGCUUCUUUUAUAGUGGAAGGAUGAGGGGGGGGAUCGCUUCAGCUUUGCUCCUCCGAGCAGGUAGAAAGAGAAGCAGAAUAGAGGUGGAGGACGAGAUUCUAAUCGGAAAGAAAAAGGGCUGCAAAAGGCCAGAAAUAGGUUGCUUUGUUGGUCAUACAAACAGUCAAAAGGCAUCCCUACUGAACAAUUACAAUGCAGUAAAGCUUUUUAAUCCAGAACAAAUACGGGCAAAACAUCCUACUCUAGAUAGGAGAAGGAAGGGAGGAUGCCUCACGCCAUUUGAGGCGUAAAAUAAAUAAAGAGAAAAACGUGGUAGAAGGAGAAAGAAAGUGCCAGCCCUUUAUAUGUAAACUGCUUCUUUUAUAAAGGGGAGAGAUGGAACGUUAUUGGCAUGUGAGCUAGAUGAACUCGUUGUUUGAUUGCACCUAUUUUGCUACUAAUAAUUGAUUUCUACAGCGAAAAAUGUAUAAUACAGACAAAACCCACUCACUAUCAGUGCUCUCA